UGCUUAUGUUUCUCAUAUAAUUCUCUCUUUGACAAAUUCUCUCCUUUUCAUGAAAUUGAUAACUCUUUUUGUCUCAUCCAUUGCUAACAAUGAUGUUUGGAACAUCUUUUACAGCUCUUGAUUAUAUGGAAUUUAACCGAGGAUGAUAAUGAUAUUCUCUUACUAGGUUUAGGUUAGAUUGUAUAUCUCUGUCUAGGAAUCGAAUCAUAUAUCAGAUUGGUGCCAUAGAGUAGAGAAGAGAAGAGGAGAAGAGAGCUAUGGGCGGUUGUAGAUUUAGAUUUGUAUGUAAAGUAUGUUGUUGUCCUUGUUGAGUAGGCGCUCAUUGGAGGUUGAUUCCAGAGAUGCCUAUGGAUUUGCUUUGAGACCUCAACACGUUCAAAGAUAUAGAGAGUACCUUAACAUCUACAAGGAGGAAGAAGAGGAAAGAGCAGAGAAGUGGAGGGUCUUCCUUGAACAAGAAGCAAAAUCUGAUCAUUUAUGCUCAUCUGAAGAAGAAGAGGAAUCUGGAGAGAGGUUGCAGGCUAAAACUGCUGAAUUUGGAGAAAAGACCAAUUUACAAAGGGGUCAAGUUGGGGAUGAUUCAAGUGCAAAGAAGUCUGAUUCCGAUGGUUCAACAGAUUGUGAUCCUGGGAAGGAGGUGCAACUUUCAGAGGAACCUGAGAAAGUGGUGCAAUUUUCAAAGGUGCACCAGGAAGAGGUGCAAUCUUCAGAAGAGCCUGGAAAGGAGGUAGAACAUUUUAAAGGAUCGCAAAAAGAGGACAAGAUUUUAAAGGAACCCAAACGGGUGGUGCAACACUCAGAAGGACCAGAAAGUGAGGUGCAUUCUUUAGAGAAACUAGAAAACAAGGUGCAGCAUUCAGAAGAACAAGCAAAGGUGCAGUUUCCAGAAAGACUAGAAAACGAGGUGCAGCAUCCAGAAGAACCAGAAAACAAGGUGCAGCUUUUAGAAGAACCUAGAAACAAGGAGCUGCUUUCAAAACAAGCAAAGGCAGGUAAGAUUCAAACAUGGUCUGGGACUAGACUAUCCCUCCAUGCCAUUGAAAGUAUGAUGACUUCACGUGUUAAGAAGGUAAAGAAUAUGAACCACAAGCAAUUCGUUGCAAGCCAAGAUAAUCUUCUGUCAACAAAAGAGGCAGAACUUGUAGGUGGAGAACUCAAAGAGGAUGUUGAUGGGGACAUCUCUGUUAAGGUUACUUCAGAUGAAAAGAUCAAAACACCCGAAGAGUACAAUAUUAUGGAUGAUGAUACCUCCCCAGAACUGUUCUUUCAUUGGAAAGAAGAACUUGAGUUCCUUGUUCAUGGGGGAGUACCAAAGGAUCUUAGAGGAGAGGUAUGGCAAGCCUUUGUUGGCAUAAAGGCACGUCGCGUGGAGAGAUAUUAUGAGGAAUUGCUGGCUGAAGAAACUAAUGAUGAUGAUUGCAAGGACCAUUGUGACUCAACUGGCGCAGCCAGGAAAUGGAAAAGGCAGAUUGAGAAGGAUAUACCGCGAACUUUCCCGGGUCAUCCUGCUUUGGAUGAGCAUGGCAGGGAUUCCUUGAGGCGUUUGCUUUUAGCUUAUGCACGACAUAAUCCCUCUGUCGGGUAUUGUCAGGCAAUGAAUUUCUUUGCUGGACUAUUGCUACUUUUGAUGCCCGAGGAAAAUGCCUUUUGGACUUUAGUGGGCAUCAUUGAUGACUAUUUUGAUGGUUACUAUACAGAAGAAAUGAUAGAAUCACAGGUGGACCAACUUGUUUUUGAGGAGUUGAUGCGAGAAAGAUUUCCUAAACUGGUUAAUCAUCUGGAUUACUUGGGAGUGCAGGUGGCAUGGAUCUCUGGACCUUGGUUCCUUUCCAUCUUUGUCAAUAUGAUUCCUUGGGAAAGUGUUCUCCGAAUUUGGGACGUUCUUCUAUUUGAAGGCAAUCGUGUGAUGCUGUUCCGAACUGCACUUGCUUUAAUGGAAUUAUAUGGUCCAGCCCUAGUGACAACUAAAGAUGCUGGCGAUGCUAUUACUUUGUUGCAGUCCCUUGCUGGGUCAACAUUUGAUAGCAGUCAGCUGGUUUUUACUGCUUGCAUGGGUUUUUUGGCUGUAAAUGAAGCUCGAUUGCAGGAGUUGAGAGAAAAGCAUAGACCUGCUGUACUACUAGUAGUUGAGGAAAGAUCAAAAAGGGGUAGAGUAUGGAAGGAUUCUAAAGGCCUUGCAUCAAAGCUGUAUAGUUUCAAGCAUGAUCCUGGAUCACUAACAGAAGAAGAAAAGACUUGUGAAGGAGAUUCUAAAUCGGAGCAUCCUUCCUCUAAUCUAGAUGCUUUGCUUGGAGGCCUUACUGUUGACACUGAAGUAGAUUCACUACCGGACCUUCAAGAGCAGGUGGUUUGGUUUAAGGUUGAAUUGUGUAGGUUGCUGGAGGAGAAAAGAUCUGCCAUACUUAGAGCUGAGGAGCUGGAGACAGCAUUCAUGGAGAUGGUCAAAGAAGAUAAUCGACGGCAGUUGAGUGCAAAGAUUGAGCAAUUGGAGCAAGAGGUAGCCGAUCUUCAGCAGGCCCUUUCUGAUAAGAGAGAACAGGAAGCUGCAAUGCUUCAGGUCUUGAUGCGGGUAGAGCAAGAACAGAGGAUAACUGAAGAAGCUCGUGUACGUGCUGAGCGAGAUGCAGCUGCUCAGAGAUAUGCAUUGACUGUACUUCAGCAAAAAUAUGAGAAGGCCAUGGCUUCAGUCACUCAGAUGGAGCAAAGGGUAGUCAUGGCAGAAUCAAUGUUGGAGGCUACCUUGCAAUAUGAAUCUGGUCAAUCUAAAGCACAAUCUUCUCCCAGGUUAGCUCAUUGUCGAAGUUCCACAUCAGAGAGCCCAGGAAGAAGGAUGAGUCUAUUGAAGUUUGGCCUUGGUUGGCGUGACAGAAACAAGGGCAAACCUAAUGAGGAGUUUGGUGAUGGUAUAUCCAAUAUUGAGGGAAAACAGCCAAACUCUUUGCAGAAAGAAAGUGGAGACCAAGAGAAGAUGUAGGGGAAAGUUUUCAGAAGACCUCUGCGUCUUGCAUUUAUAGCAGUUUGGGACCUGCUGCCCAAGAACACACUAGUUUGUAUCUGUAAUUAUGCAUACACUGACUGUAGGAGUAAGGAAGCCAUAUAUUCUCAUGAACUAGUCAAUGUCGAUUUACAGUAGUUAAAGCAAUUCUUUGCUCUUCUCUUCUUCAA